GUGCAAUCUGAGUGCAGCACUAGUUUGACCAAUAGAAAGCGCUAUCAUUCUAACACAUACUGUCAAACUCAGCUGUUUGUUUUUGCAAAAUAUUUUCACAAAUUUUCCCAAACAUUUUCUUAUAUUUAGCUUCUACUGUUCAAAGAAAAUUCCGCCAAAUGAAAGUCGAAAUUGAGGAUAUGGACGCGAGCAGUCUAUGCGAUUCAGUCUCAUCGUUAGUAGAAGGAUGCAGACUUCCAGUACAAAUGAAAGGAACCUCAGAUUGGCCUCUAGCAGAAAUUAUAAGUAUGAAAGACAUCGAGGGCACCAAAUGGUACUAUGUUCACUACGUAGACUUCAACAAAAGACUAGACGAAUGGAUAACCGAAGACUCUCUAGACACGCGCAAAGUACAUUUCCCACGCAAAGACUUGGGCCCCGGUACAGGGGUAACAACCCCCAAAAAAAUUCUCAUAGGCAGUGGAAUCGGUAGCGGACUGAACAGCAAUAUCAGCACCAGCGCGCAAACGUCGAGACCUUCGAGUCCUACUCUAAAUCCGGCCAGUGUCGAACUGCUAAACGGAAACGCUGUCCUGGCGGCGGCCCUACAAAAAAAAAUGAACAGGAAAAAAAAAGGACCUUCAUUGGAAAGUGAAGAUUCGCUGGAUUGUCCUAUGCAGCAAAAUCUACAGCCAACCCCACAACCUCCAGGGCCUAGACAAUCGGGCAGUAUGGUUUCGCAUCACGACGAUAUAGUGACCAGAAUGAAAAACGUCGAAAUGAUUGAAUUGGGGCCUCAUAGAAUGAAACCGUGGUAUUUCGCACCAUAUCCGCAAGAAAUGGUUAAUCUUCCAUGUAUAUAUAUUUGUGAAUUUUGUUUGAAAUAUAGAAAAAGUAGAAAAUGUUUGGAAAGGCAUGUUAUAAAAUGUAAUUUACGGCAUCCGCCUGGUAACGAAAUUUAUAGGAAAGAAACAAUAUCUUUUUUUGAAAUAGACGGUAGGAAAAAUAAGGUUUACGCUCAAAAUUUAUGUUUAUUAGCCAAAUUAUUCUUAGAUCAUAAAACUUUAUACUACGACACUGAUCCUUUUUUGUUUUAUAUUAUGACAGUGUUCGAUCAUAGAGGUUUUCACAUAGUCGGGUAUUUUUCAAAGGAAAAAGAAUCCACUGAAGAUUAUAACGUGGCUUGCAUAUUAACACUACCUCCAUACCAGCGAAAAGGUUAUGGAAAAUUACUUAUAGAAUUUAGUUAUGAAUUAUCCAAGUUUGAGGGCAAAACUGGUUCACCAGAAAAACCCUUAUCCGAUCUCGGUUUGUUAUCGUAUAGAAGCUAUUGGGCACAAACUAUACUAGAAAUUUUACUCUCGAUCAAACCUGUAGGGGAAAACGAAAAACCCCAAAUAACAAUAAACGAAAUUUGCGAAUUAACUAGCAUAAAAAAAGAGGACGUAAUAUCAACGCUGCAAAAUUUAAAUUUAAUUAAUUACUAUAAGGGCCAAUACAUAGUUACAUUAAGCAAAGAAAUAAUGCAGCAACACUAUAAAGCAAUGGAAACUAGGAAAAUACGAAUAGACUCAAAAGCUUUACAUUGGACACCUAAAGAUUGGGGUAAACGUGCCAAAUGGUAAUAUUUGGGGGGGAAGAGCUCUUAUUUUUUUUUGUAUAAAGACUGAAUUUUAGUAUUUUUUGUAGUUUACAUAAGGCAUAUGUAUAAUAAGGUUCAAAUAUAUUGCAGUGACUUGAUGUGAAUU